CGUACAAGACGAGCAAAAAUUUUUUUUUUUCUGAGAAUAUGAUGAGUCGAACAAUACAGGUUUUCCUCCACAGUAGGUGGAAUCUGGAAUAUAACAGGGCUUGUGAGCUUGUCCCCCUCGGCUCCUCUGGGCGAGGCGACGCGCGCGCGCCGGAGCUUCCAGCGGCGUGGGCGGCGGCGGUGCAACUCGUCCCCCCCUGUGGCGUCUCCUUCCCCGCCCCUGCCCCGACCGGCGGUGGCCAGGCGCCGCGGCGGUGGGCGCUUUCAUUGCAGGUGACGGCGGCGGCGGCCUCUGUCCCGGUCGAAUCCCAUAGAGUCAUUAUGGCAGCUAGACGCACUGUUCGAGGGUAUGCUCCUCUUCCUACAGAGAACAGGCAUGACAACAGCCUAAAUGAUGAUGUUGACCUUCAGUUCGCCUACACCCCAAAAUCCUUCAGAAAAAUCCCGUGGAAGUCAAUUGCCUUGGCACUAUUCCUUCUCCUGCUAGGAAGUUCUCUACUCUCCCUUUCAUAUUUCAUAUUCACAGGUCACAUAGAAGGUGAUAACUCUCAGGCCUAUGGUCUCUUAUUCCUGGGUAUCCUUGCCUUUCUUCCUGGGUUUUAUGAGACUCGAGUUGCUUACUAUUCUUGGAGAGGAGCUCCAGGGUACACCUUUGCAUCCAUUCCAGAUUAUUAACCUUUUUUCAUUGUCUCGCCGAGGGGGGCAGUGAAGAUAAUGAAAAUGAACAAAAGCUUGAAACUUCAAUCAGGAAAUAGGAAUCAGAUGAGUUCUUGCUUUUAAUACUACUAACAUGCCAGCAUGUAAAUGAAGUCACCUGCUGAUUGCUAUGGUCACCUAAUGGUAUUAUUUCACCAGGCAUCACUAAUGCUUGCAUUAGAUAAAAUGCAAAAUCUUGUUCUUGCU